AUGCAGGUCUUUUCAUCCCCUCAGUCGCUUUGUAGGGCAGCAAGGGCGAGAGCCUUCUUCACAACCCCGAAUCCCACAGACGAAGAUCUUUGGGCACCAAGCCGCCCCUACCCCCGACCUCCGCACCUCCCCACCUGCACGCUGACCCCGGUCGACGCAAAGUCAAACCAACGAUGCCGGGCGCCCCCUGCUGUGCGCCAGCUGUCGAUUAUGGCUCCUGGAGAUCGGAGAUCGUUGCUGCUGUGCCCGCACGGCCGUUGCCUUGCAGCGAUGUGCGGGCACUUGAGAAUUGGGGGGAUCGCCUUGUUCUCUGUAAGGAGUAACUGGUGCUGCUACAAGCGGCUGCCUCGUUUACACAUGUAG